UACGUUCAAGGUGCGAGAUGAUCAUUUGUAUAAAAAGGCCUACAUUCGCCAAACUCAUCACUUCUCUCCGGAAAGCCAAAUAAUGAGGGUUCUGCUUGCUGUUCUCUUCCUUGCCGUGGCCGCUCAGGCUACCUCAUGGUCCAACCUGAGGCCCAUGAACCGCGUGAUGCCCACGCUGCGUGCUCCUCCCCGCUACUCGGGACGCAUCAUUGGAGGUAGCUUGGCCACCACUGGCCAGUUCAAAUAUCAGGUCGCUGUCCUCAUCGACGGUGGUGGCUUCUGCGGAGGCUCCCUGAUCGCCGACAACGUUGUCCUCACCGCUGGUCACUGCGUUGAUGGAGCCCGUACCUGGGACAUCACCGCUGGAGCCCUCAAGUACUCCAACACCAACGAGGCUGGACGCGUCACCGUCAGGAGCACUGACGCUGUUCUCCACGAGAACUACAACAGCUUCACCAUCAACAACGACAUCGCCAUCGUCAGGCUGACCAGCGCCGUCUCUGGACCCAACAUUGCCUCCGUCCGCGUGCCCUCUCGUUCCCAGGCUUCUGAUCAGUUUGUUGGCACCGUUGCUCGCGUUUCCGGCUGGGGCAAGCCUUCUGACGCCUCUUCCGCCAUCAGCGAUGACCUGAAGUUCGUUGACCUGACCGUCAUCACCAACACCCUGUGCGCCGACUACUACGGAAUCAUCAUCAACGCCAACAAGAUUUGCGUCGACACCAACGGCGGAUCCGUCUCCACCUGCAACGGCGACUCUGGCGGUCCCCUCGUCAUCACCGAGUCUGACGGUCUCCCCACCGAGGUCGGCAUUGUCUCCUUCGGCUCCUCCGCUGGAUGCGAGUCUGGCGCUCCCGCUGCCUUUGCCAGAGUCACUGAGUACCUUGACUGGCUCGAGACCAACGCUGGAAUCACCAUCAGGCCUUAAGUUGUGAUUUGAACACCAAGCUGCAAUAAAAUCAUAAAAAAUAUAAUAA